AUGGCCGACGACAGUUGGGAUGCCCACAGGGCAGAGAUUGAACAGCUUUACAUCCAAGACAAUAAGACUCUUAAAUGCAUUGCAGAGUUCAUGUCCAGCAAGGGCUUCCGAAAGACCAAAUCGCAAUACGAAACCCAAUUCAAGAAAUGGGGCCUUCGCAAAAAGCAGACAGUGCCGCGUAAUACCGACUGGAACUUCAUUGCAAAGCGGGUUGAGAAGCGAAAGCGGCUCGGCAAAGAAAACGAGGUAGUUAUUGAUGGGGAAACAAUCCCUUCUGAAAAGGUCAGGAAGCUACAAUACGGGAAGAUGUUUGUGUCGACAGCGGACAGAUUCUCUGGAUAUGGAGCACCGUCCCCAAAAACACCGGAAGGGGUAGUUGUUCGGACGCCGUCUUCUUCCAUUGCCAGCUUGGACCAGGCAUGGUGUGGAGGCCUGAGUCUGACCUGGAAUGCGUCUCUUCCAUGGCUUCAAUUCACCAAACUCUUGCAGUUCAACCAGGAUCAGCACCGGCCAGCCUUAUCGCCUGUCAUACCUAUUCCCCUUUCCAGUGAAGUCUCUGUUCAACCUGAUGUGGAGAAAGCUGAGUUAAUACAGCGCCUGGCAUAUGCGUUUCCUUCGAAGAUCAGAUCCCAGUUGCGUUACAUGGAUAUCGACUCGAGAAUAAGAGCCAUGCUCACCGUGCUCAUGCCAGAAGAAUACGAAGGGCAGCACCAGUUGACCCAAACAAACCGUUUGAGCAUAGAACUUUAUAUAUUAUCCAACAACCUAGAAGUAAACGAUAGGAACGGGUAUCGGAUAUUCGUCAGCAUCAGGGCACAUAACGAACGUCUCUUGGCCAUGAUUCGAACCUUUGGCUGGCACAAGGGACGUCAAUUUAAAUCUCUUCUAGCAAGCCGAGAGCCAACGGUCGAGGCUAUAGUGGAGAAGGUCUUCGCAAGCGCGGUAUUCCAGGUGGACAUAGAGGUUGUGAAGCUGAUUCUCGAAGCUGGGAUGGAUCCGAACUCCCUGAUCAAAGCUGUGAGUGGCGGGUUAUUCAUACCCCUGCAGUGGGCUGCCACUGUCACAAACAACAGAGCGGCGGAGAUGGCCGAGGUGCUCAUCUCCCAUAACGCUGAUAUUGAAUUGCGAUAUGGUGGCAGCUCCGCUCUAUUUCGGGCCAUUGCCAACAAGAACAUGGAGGUAAUCGAGGUGUUACUGCGCCAUAAUGUUGUUGUCAGCCUCCCCAGCCUGGCAGAGGCGACGGGGAUCGAUAAUGCAACACUCUUCGAAAAGCUUUUCACAUCUUGCUCUGAUGUAAACAGCUUGAUCUACAACACAACGAUCAUGGAUUAUCGACCGCAACGUGGCAAUAUUACGCUCCUAGGAGCAGCAGCAAGAUCUGGACGGCUUAGAAUUAUUGAGAUCAUACUACGGCGUUGUCCAAGCCUUGUCAACCCCAGGGAGCUGGAGGCCACAGGCGGAGCAGACUAUUUCUCUCCUAUUUCAGUCGCCAUCGCGAACAACAACACCUAUGCCCUGAAGGCUCUUUUAGACGCUGGUGUUGAUACAAACUUCGUAAAUGGAUGCGAAAGACCAAUAAUUGAACAGGCAUUGGCGAAAUAUGGAAAUAGAGCAUACAAAAUCCUGGUGAAAAGUGGUUACACAAUCACUCAUCAACCAAUGUCGUAUAAACGACUUAGUGUAUUAAUGAGGUUGUGUAUUGCAGGGAAAGUAAAUUACACCAUUGAGCAGCUCAUUGGCGAAAUUGCACGGCCGAGUUACAAUUUCACUGAGUGGUCUGGGGAGGUGCUCGCAGAGGCCAUCAACAACAAUGAACCCCUAGUCAUUGGCCUGUUGCUGGAUUUUGGAGCUACAAUUGACCCAAAUAAAGUGAUCGGUACCUGGGAUGAAGGGACUGCACGGUAUCUGGACACACGGGGAGCUCUACAGGCUAUUCUCGAUGAAAAUGGUCCCAAAAUCCUGUUGAAAGCAUUGGAGUUGGGGAAAUGGGACCUGGCACAGUGGCUCGUUAUUCGUGCCCCUGUUCUCCUGGAUGAAAGCCUAUAUUCACGGAAUACGCCACUAUCCAUUGCAGCAUCCAGCAAACAAGCCGGCCUAGUCAAGUUCAUGCUAAAACAUGGCGCUAGGGUGACUGACCAUGCCCUUUUCAUGGCGACAAAGCGGAUCAAGAAGGAUGCUUACAUUGGUGAAGUGUCAUCAGAUGAAGGUUUCGAAGUUCUCAGGAUCCUAUUAAGCCACUUUAGCGGCCCUGCCCCCACCGCAAUCGCAGAGGCAGAGUAUGGUCGCCCUGACAUUGAGAGUACAGAUAAGGGCACGGACCAGGAUAUCUAUCUGUUGGAGCUCCUGCUAUCGGAAGGCGUGGAGCCCACGGGUACUCCGGAAGCAGUCGCCGGUGAAAACUGGUAUGGCCUCCAUGAGCCACAGUCAGCCCUGGAAAUUGUGGCACGAAGCGGCAACCGAAUGGCCCUGGAAAUCCUAACCCAGACCCCCUACAACUGGGGCGCAAAGGCUUUGGGCCGGGCCUUGGCUACGGCAUGUAGUCUUCCUAACGAAGGCCUCAUUGACCGGAUUCUCAAGCACAAGCCAAAUAUGAACGAGGAGAUUGGCUUUUGGAGAUAUCUACCAGGUUCACCGUAUUGGAAAAGCCUCGUAACCUUCAGUACCGCUCUGCAAGGCGCAGUGAGAAAGCAAAGCGUGUCAGUCGUCCGUAAGCUCCUCGGAUUCGCCGAUACUGAUAUCAAUUACGCUGCAAAAGGGGCCUAUGGUCGUACAGCCUUGCAGUAUGCCGUGGAAAAUGGAAAUGUGGAAUUGGUAAUGAUACUUCUCAACCAUGGGGCAGAUAUUAACAGUGUACCUGCGGAAUAUGGAGGUGCUACCGCAUUACAAUUGGCGGCCAUUCAAGGAUAUUUAGGCCUUGCUCGCCGGCUUAUUGACCUCGGUGCAAACGUUAAUGCUGCAGGAGCGGAUAUCGAGGGAAGAACAGCUCUUGAAGGUGCGGCGGAACAUGGUCGGGUUGACAUGGUGCAUAUGCUCCUUGACGAGGGGGCAUUGAUAUUCGGGGACGCUGGCGAGAAGCAAUAUAAGAAUGCGGUGCAACGAGCAAGGGGAAACGGACACUACGCAGUAGCGAGGAUGUUGGAGGCGUUCAAGAACAAGGUGGAACAAAGCGCUUUUCAGGUCCCUGGCAUGUUUGUUGACGGUUGGAGUGAGGUUUCUGAAGAAGAGAAAGAUUUAAUCGUAUAA